AUGGCGUUGUUGAGUACCUUCAGAAUCUACUCACAAUGCGUUUCUCGUACUAUAUCAUCGACUACAAGUUUUUUAAAUAUGUAUGAUCCGAGAGUAUUCAGAGAACCAGUUACGGAUUUGAAAAAGAUGAAACAACCUUUAGAUCCUGAUGACGAGCGCAAUUUCCUCUUCAUUAAGGCAAUGAAAGCCGAUUCUUCUCCUGUUUUUUAUAGGGAUCACGUGGUUGAUAAAUUAGUCAGAGUCAUAAUGAAAGAUGGCAAUAAAGAAACAGUUAGAAAGCAUGUGUAUGAAGCUUUGGAAAUAGUGAAGCGGCGCCAAUACAAAUUAUGGUUACAAGCCAAGACUGAAGACGAGAAGAAUAAUAUCGAACUCGAUCCGUUUGUAAUUGUGAAAACAGCCAUAAGGAAUUGUCAUCCUUUGAUGAAGCUACAAGGAGUGACAAGAGGAGGCACAACUUAUCAAGUACCUUUCCCCAUAGAGGAAGCAGAAGCCGAGUUCAGGGCAAUGAAAAUGAUGAGAGACAUUUGUAGGCAGAAAGCCCAUCACGGAGAUACUCACCUUAGAAAUAUUUUGGCGAAUGAGCUUCUUGCUGCUUAUCAAAACGAAGGAUUAACUAUUCAAGCUAAGCAAGAACUACAUAAAACAUGUGAAGCCAACAGAGCUUACGCUCAUUACAGGGCUUGA